AUGUCCCCCAGGUAUCCGCCGAGGCAUCGUGCGUUCGUCACCGACAGACUGCGUGCAGUGCAGCGCUGCUAUGCGCCGUGCUGUGCCAUUCCCCUCUUUCCCCCGUCACCUCCCCUCCCCCCUCCCCCUCCCCCCAUUCCGCCCCCAUCCUUCCCCGCAGCCGCGGCCGGCCAGGCGUGGGCGGCGCUCUUCCCGUGGGGCUGCGCGCUGUAUGCCGCUCAGGCGGGCGUGGCUCCGCGCCUGGUAGUGGGUCGGGCGGGAGACGUGCCCAUAGGGGGGAGUGCGGUGGGGAGUGGUGGAGAGGUGCCCAUAGGGUGGAGUGCGGUGGGGGGUGGUGGAGAGGUGCCCAUAGGGGGGAGUGCGGUGGGGGGAGGUAGUGGCGCUGUCUCCGGGGCGGGUGACCUGGAAGGUGCUAGCGUGGGUGCGUAUGCGGAGCGUGCUGCUGGCUUAGCGGCGCACGCCGUGGAGACGGGUGAACGAGGGGGCUCUGGCGGGUUGGUAGACGCGCAAGCUCUGGCGCGCGAGCAGGCGAAGCAGGCGUCCGCGGCUGCUGGGGCCGCGGGUGAUCCGCCAGCGGGUGAUCUGCCAGCGGACUCCGCAGCUUCAGCUGCCGCGGCGGUGGGGUUUGCUAAUGUGACACGCACGGCUGUUGGGUCGUUGCACGCCACAAUCUUGACCGUUGAUGUUUCAGAUAAUACAAUCCCAGCCGUUGAUGCUUUAAAUACCAGCACGUCCGCUGGCGGUAACAGCAGCAAGGCUGGUGGCUUAUCAGAGGCGGCGGAGCAAGCAGCAUGCGAGGGCGCUGCGCUGACAGAGGAGGACGUGCGCGCAUGGCAGGCGGAGGAACACGUUGCAUUUGGACGCGUGCAGGUGGAGAGGGAGGGGAAGGGGGAGUGCGGGCAGGGUUGCGUGGUGGAGGCGGGGGUGAAUGACGAGAUGUGCUUCACCGUGCGAGGUGAGUGGGGGCUGUGUGUGGCCAGUGGGGGCUGUGUGUGGCCAGUGGGGGCUGUGUGUGGCCAGUGGGGGCUGUGGUGGGGGGCUGUGAUUGGGAAGGUUAUCUCAUAUCCUUGUGCGGUGGGGUGCUCUCAUCUCCUUGUGCGGUGGGGUGCUCUCAUCUCAUCUCCAUCACGUCGUGCCUUUUCAACCAUUCCUGCUCUCCUCUGUGUGUGCGCCGUGCAGCACUGGACGCCAAUGGGAGGCCAUUUGACAAUGGGUGCAGGUACGCCGCUGCUGCGCAUACGCCAUGGCUGCGUGCCCAUGCAUUUCGCUGUGCCCAUGCAUUUCGCUGUGCCCAUGCAUUUCGCUGUGCCCAUGCAUUUCGCUGUGCCCAUGCAUUUCGCUGUGCCUAUGCAUUUCGCUGUGCCCAUGCUUUUCGCUGUGCCCAUGCAUUUCGCUGUGCCCAUGCAUCUCGCUGUGCCCAUGCAUCUCGCUGUGCCCAUGCAUUUCGCUGUGCCCAUGCAUUUCGCUGUGCCCAUGCAUUUCGCUGUGCCCAUGCAUUUCGCUGUGCUCGUGCAUCUCGCUGUGCUCGUGCAUCUCGCUGUGCUCGUGCAUCUCGCUGUGCCCGUGUGUCUGUCUCCUUCCCAUUGCAUCUAUCUGCACCCACCAAUCAUCAUCAUCCACUCUUUCGUGCCUCCGCCCCUUCCUUUCCUUGUUGCUCCUGCCUCACCCAAACACCCCUCUUCCCCCCCACACACCCCCCUCUUCCCCCCCACCCACACCCCGUCCCCAUCUCCCCCCUGCCUCACUUGGAGAACCCCCGUCGAAGGCGGUGCGUGCGUUGGAGCGCAGGAGGAGGGAGGUGGCGGAGAAGAGCAGGUGCAGCGAGAGGGUGUAGCAGCCGGGCAGGGGCAGCUGGUAGCACACCUGGGGGUGGGGGGGGGAUGGCAGGGGAUGGGAGGGGAUGGGGUGAGGCGACACCGAUGGGCAGGAGAUGCGGGAAGAGGCAGGCGGGGUGAGGUGGAAGCACAGGUGAGAGGAGGAGAGAGACGCAGCAGGCAGCGGUGCGCGAUGAGCUACACGGUGGUGCACUGGCAGGCCAUUGAAGCAUGGGCACGGCCCACCUUCUCCCUUCACGCACACAGAGCCACCCUACCUUACUGCACGCCACCGCUCCUGACCGCAUCCCACCACUCCGGCUACUGGUUGGGCCACCUCUGGCAGCCCCACGCGUGCCGGCUGCGCCGCCUCUCCCCCCCCUCCCUGCGUGCGUGCUUCAACGGCCGCUCGCUGCUCUUCCUGGGCGACUCCCAGCUGCGCUACACCUUUGGCUUCCUGCGCCUCCUCCUCCGCUUCCCCUCCCGCACCGCCUUCCUCACCAAGUUCGCUGCCAAGCCCAAGAUGUUUUGGCCCAACAUGCUGGCCUGUGGCAGUGUGCCACGUGGCAACGGGUCCAUCUACCCGCCAAUCAACAGCAGCACGGGCGAGGUGAUGUCAACAGGCGUGUGCCAGCAGCCGGGCUCCACCUUCUUCUUCCACGGGGAGAACUUCAACGGCUAUGGCCGCGCCCUGUACAACGUGAAGGCAGCAGCGGGCAGCCCCUCCUGGGCGUUCAACCUGACAUACGUGUCGCAGUGCGGCGCCAUGAAGCCCGUGUUCCCCGCGUGGAUGAGCCACCCCGCCCUUGUGGGGCCAGCGCUCGCCCUCUUUGCCUCGCGCCAUCAUGAGAGCAGCGCUGCUCGCACCAGCGAUGAUGAGAGCAGUAACAGCAGUGGGGACAGCAGCAGUAGUAGCAGCAGCAGUGGGGAGGGCAGCAGCGAAGAGAGCAGCAGGGGUGGCAGCAGCGGCAGGGAGGGGAGGAAGGGCGAGUAUGACAUGGCGCUGGUGGGCACCACUCUGCACGACCUCGUUCAGCAACCCACCGCCCACGCCUUUGGAGCUCUGCUGGAGUCCAACCUGCUCCCUCCGCUGCUAGCAGCCAUGAGGGACCGCUCAGCCGUGACACUGCUGGGGCCGUGGGCGGCGAGGGAGGACAGCAAGCCGCCCGAGUUCAUCGCCGUCAGCAACAAUGCGCGUGCCGUGGCGUUUGAAGAGGAGCUCCUCAGGCGCCUACCGUCCACACAGCCCGGGGCACCCAGUGCGAUGGGCAUGAUGGGGCUGACUCUACCACGACCAGACCUGUGCCCCGACAGCACACACUACGCCUGGCCCGUCACCCUCGCCAUCCUUGACCUCUGGCUCACACCCCUCUGCGCCCCACGCCCCUCACAUGCUCCUGAACUCUAG